AUUUUCCCUGCUGCUCUCAAUCAAUCAACCCACUUUUCCUUUCACACAACCACUCCAAAGUAAGGUGGAGAACACAACGGCUGUCCUUUCGUUCAACUAUAAAAGAGAAAGCAAGCGGGAACACCCAACGCUGCUAUACUCCUAGAGAUGAAAUCGGCUUCCCAUGCAAUUCAACAUCAAGAUAAUCCACUAACGAUACCCCAGACGAAGGCUCCUCUCUACCAAGACCUUUCUCCGCAAAUACAACAGCUAUACACCAAUACCUUUUCUGAUGUCGGAUUAAGAUUCCUGCAUUUACUUGCAUCCGAAAUCACUUCCAUCACAUCAUGUCGCAGUGUGUUUGUUCACGAGCUACUGUCGUAUGAAGAAUAUAAAGAGUCGGACCUUUACCGAAAAGAAAACACCUUUUCCGAAGAGGACAAAUUGAUGGUCAUUAGAGCCCUUCAUGUCAACCCUAAGGACGCUGUUACAUUGUCGGAUCCACUCAAGACUGUGUUGCGGCUCGAAGGUACUCCUCACCAGCAUGCUAUUCAGCAUGGUCAGCAAAUCAUCCUGCAAGAUCUGGCCAUAAGCUAUCCAGCCUACCAAGGUUUUCAAUCCAUGGUAGCCGUUGGUUUGCCGAUCACGCCGUCUGAAGACUUUCCUAUUUCUACCCCUCCAACUCCUCCUAAAGAGUGCAUUGGCGUAAUGGGUAUCCUACAUGACAAGCCUAUUACGUCUCAGGAUGCACAUCACAUCUUGAAAUUACUGGAAGCCGUUAAACUUCGAACUGGUCGAGAACUGGAACGGAUACGUGAAGAGGAACGAUUAAUGUCGACUCGAGAAGCGGCUAAACAGGAUGCAGAGAAUAAGAUUAAGUUUCUGGCUGACAUGAGCCAUGAGAUACGAACUCCGAUGAAUGCUGUCAUCGCUUUAACCGAUCUACUGUUACAAGAGAGAGAAACUCUUAGUGAAGAGCAAACUGAACAUUUGGAAGUCAUUCAGACGAGCGGGCAUCAUCUUUUGACUGUUAUCAACGAUAUCCUCGAUAUCUCCAAACUCAAUCAUGAUCCAAAGCUGAAGCUUGAAAAGCGAAAGUUUAGCCUUCGAAAAUGUGUGAAAGAUACGCUCAAUAUGGCUCGUCAUCAAGCCACCACCAAUUUGCAGAAUAAAAUUGUACAUUUAAUCGAAUGUCCAGCCGACGUAGAAGACUCAAGCUCUUUGAAACAAGUACUAUCACGGGUCUCCAAGGAGUCUGCUAACUCGCCUUUACCGCGAGUAAUGAAGGGCAAAACCCUAUUGCCUCUGGUAUGGAAGAUAGAGCGAGAUGUUCCUGACAUCUUGAUUGGUGACUCUAUGCGGUUGACUCAAAUCGUUUUGAAUCUUUGUUCUAAUGCUGUCAAGUUUACAAAAGAGGGCCAUAUAGAGGUCAACAUCAAACGGUACGUGCCAAAUGCGGUGCAAACAAACACUACCACCAUCUCUUCCAUUACUGGCAAACCCGUGUACGAGGCAAAGAUUGAGAAUAUUCGAUCUAGAGCUGUCCGUGAGUCUACAGCACAAAAAGCCAAACAAGCUUCGGCGGCAAAUCCUUCACAAGAAGGAACAGACGCUUUGAUUGGCGUUGAUCAAACUGUAAUUCUAGAGAUAUCAGUUCGCGAUACUGGAAUCGGCAUACCCUCUGACCGACUCCCCAAGCUGUUCAAAUCCUUUUCUCAAAUCGACAUUUCCACCGCCAGACGUUACGGCGGAACUGGUCUUGGUUUGGCUAUUUCCAGCACUCUAGUUAAUCAUAUGGGCGGUGGUUUGUGGGUCGAGUCAGAAGAAGGUGUUGGAUCCAGGUUUGCUUUGACUAUUCCCAUUGCUGUGGCUGCACACCAACCAGACACACCAGGAAAUCGAUCGUCAGAUGGCUGGACACCACUCACAUCACCACCAUCGCCUUGCUCGACUUCAUCAGAAGGAACGAGCGGCACACAGUCAUUGAAUACAGAUGGGUCUCAGGAGUUUACAUCGCCAGCUUCUGGCUGUUUAUCACCUUCGCACAAUGCUGCACACGCACAGGGAUAUUUUUCUCAACCUGUCGCACAUACCACACGACCUGCCUCACCUGCUGUAUCUUUAGCACAAACUUUGCAGUCUAGUACUGGUCAUCAUCAGUCAGCUAUACCACCUUUAACAUGGCCAGUACCUCAACCACCCCCUUCGUCAUUUCAUCUAGGAAUACAGUCAAAUACCAAGCAUCCAUCUGUAGCCAUUAACGUGGACUCUAAACCGUUGUCAAGUGCAUCAAGGGGCCAAUCCGCUAGCACUAAAUCAGACCCAACCAUGGCUGUUGGGGUACCUUCCACCGGACCGCCGGGUUAUAGUCCCGGACUCAAACCGCAAACUGGCGUAACCACCGGAUCUGGCUCUAACAGCCUGUUGACUACCACGGCAACGAGCGGUGGUCAAGUUGCAAGCCAUAGUCGGUCAUCGCGAGCGUCUGUGGCUAAGCAACAUCAUCAUCAGCGGCGCGGAGGCAACACGAACGAAGAAAAUCUAGCCAUUUCAUUUCCCAUCAAGAUUUUGUUGGCCGAAGAUAAUGUGCUCAAUCAAAAGAUUGCUAUCAGUAUUCUUAAACGGCUGGGCUAUACUGGUGUCGAAAUUGCUAACAAUGGACGUGAGGUACUGGAUGCCAUGCGAAGAAGCCGAUUUGAUUUGAUAUUUAUGGAUCUAUACAUGCCGGAAAUGGAUGGUCUCGAAGUCACCAAAUCGAUCAUUUCUGCUCGCCAUUCUCCUAAUACAGAACUGAACAACGUGCAUGACGUGUAUAUUAUUGCUUUGACGGCCUCUGCCUCCAUGCAAGAUCGUCAGAUUUGUAUUGAAGCAGGCAUGAACGACUUUAUUUCCAAACCAUUCACCAUGUUGGAGAUGAAACAGAGUUUGAAAAAAUGUAUGUAUCGACAACGAAAGAAGAGAAGAAAGCAGCAACAAGCUCGCCAAGAUGCUACCAACAAUCAUGCAGAUAAGCAGUCGGAUGGUGAAGAGGAGGAAGAGGAUGAUGACGAAGAGGAUGUCGCUACUAAUAAUAAUGAUCCUAUGUUGGGUGUUGAAGGUGCUAGCUAUCAGGGCCUCAUUCGAGGCAGAACCUAACUUCCCAUUCUACUAUCAUAUCUUGCUUGGUAAAUAGCUCUUUUUGGUUUUCUAUUGUAUUGUAAUUUUUUUUUUUUACCGCCAGCCUCCCUUCCUGUUU